UCUGCUAUAUCUACUUCCGUAAUUGAUGUAUGCGCUUGUAGCUGUGUGUUUGUGGUUGUGUACAUGUCAAUAUGUGUAGUGAUCAAUACCUUUUCUGAUUCGUGGAUUUUGUUACGUUCUGUCUAUCGCUUAUGUCUCGAUUGACGUCUGAAUUUUAUGGACUACAUUGUUUUGUGUGCUAAUAGAUCGAUUGGAGUUCUGAAGUUGCAGUUGAAAAUUUUGUUGUUUACGAAUUUUUUAUGAGACUUGAGAGGGCUCAGCUCCGUUGUGUCUUAGACUGAAUAUCGAAAUGCAAAUUUUGUUGUAUCUAUGGUUCACCACGUUUUUCCCUCCGAAGAUCUGCCGGAAAAGGGGGAACAGAUUGGACUUAGAUGAAAGGGAAGCUGACUUGGUGCAUCACGUUGUCAUGUAUUUUUUAUUGGACUCGAUUAUUUUCUUCUUCGGGGACUACUUGAAGAAAACAUGAGGUUUCAGCUUUAUGCCACUCAGUGACCUGCAAGAUGUUAUCGCCAGAUAAAAAACAAACCUUAUCCAAAAUCAAGGUACUGCCGAGGCGUGCCAGAUCCAAAGAUCAGGAUUUAUGAUGUUGGAAUGAAGAGAAAGGGUGUUGAAGAGUUUCCCUUUUGUGUGCAUUUGGUAAGUUGGGAGAAGGAGAAUGUCUCCAGUGAGGCAUUGGAAGCUGCACGUAUUGCUUGCAACAAAUACAUGACAAAGUAUGCUGGAAAGGAUGCAUUUCACUUGAGGGUUAGGGUGCAUCCUUUCCAUGUGCUUCGGAUCAAUAAGAUGCUCUCGUGUGCUGGAGCUGAUAGGCUCCAGACUGGUAUGCGUGGAGCUUUUGGCAAGCCUCAAGGUACAUGUGCACGCGUGGCCAUUGGUCAGGUUCUUCUGUCUGUCCGCUGCAAAGAUGCAAACAGUCAUCAUGCACAGGAAGCCUUGCGCCGCGCUAAGUUCAAAUUCCCUGGUCGUCAAAAGAUAAUUGUCAGCAGGAAGUGGGGAUUUACAAAGUUCAGCCGCACCGAUUAUGUUAAGUGGAAAGCAGAAAACCGGAUUGUGCCAGAUGGUGUCAAUGCUAAGCUUCUAGGGUGCCAUGGACCCUUGGCCGAGCGUCAACCGGGAAGAGCAUUUUUGCAUGCAAGUGCUUAGAGGAGAUAACAUGCAUAAAUGCCUGGUCAAUUGUUAGAAUGAUUUAAAUUUUUGCUACAUGGUAUUUGGAAGUGACGUACUCUCUUCUUUGUUUUCUUCCUUGCAUUCCUUUCAAGUGAAGUUUUGUUGGCUUGAAUUAGUACUGUGUACUGGGAAAUGAAAUUCGCAGGGUCAAAUUUUUUCUUGAA